GACGCCGUGGGCGGUGCAGACAGAGGGGGAGACCGUGGGGGCCUUCUCCAGCACCACCCAGGGCCACAUAAACAGCGACCCGGCAGCGAGGGCAGCACAGAGCAGAGCAGCGGGGACCAUGCAGCUGCUCCUGCUGGCUGUGGGGCCCGCCCUGCUGUUCACAGUGCCCGCUGCAGAGGACUUAGUGAUCCCCAGCUCCCUGGACACGCUUUUAGGAACAUGGUAUAUACUUCGGUGGGUGGGGACCAUCCCCAUCCCCAGGCAGAAGCGGCGGGAGCCUCUGCUCCCCUUCAGCUUUGUGCAAAAUUACAACGGGAAACUGGAGUUCCGGAUGUACAUCCGGAAGCCGAGUGGAUGCCACCUGUUCAAACUGCCCUUUACUGAGGAGGCCGAUCCCGGGAGCUUCCUCACCUGGUGGAGACACCUGAUCCACAUCUGGCUGCUCACACCCAGGACCUAUGGCGUUGCCUUCUUCAGUGACAAGAUAAAUAACCAGUGGAUAACCAUGGUGAUGCUCUUCGGCCGCACCCUGGAUGACCACCCAAUGGCACUGGAGCUGUUCGAGAGCCUUUUGGAGGAGAAGGGGCUGAACACCAGGGAGAUCGUGGUCCCGCCCCACGUGGGUGAGGAGGGCCGGGUCCUCCGUCCUCUCUUCCCACCCCACUUCCUCCACCGGGCUGUGCUUUGGGCAUUCCUUCUGCUGUGAGAUGGUGACCCUGACACUCUCCCCGCCCUGUCCUGGGUCUGCAGACGCCUGUGAGGUGACCAGAGCCCCCUAGUGCACCCGGGGGCCGCUGCAGCAACGCUACCCGGGGACCAGGAACACCCAGAUCUCUCUGAAAUCCGGGCUGACGAUUUAGCCAAUAAAAGCGAUUUGUGGCAGCCUGGCUUCCUUGCACUGCCCCCCACCCCGGGCCUCCCUCUCUCCAGAGCC